ACUAUCUUUUUGUUUGUGUGUGUAUAUGAUGUAUCCUAGGUCCUAAGCAUCUUCUCUCAGCUGUUUGUGUGUGUGAUUUAUUCUCCUGUUUGUCGCUGAAGGGCAGACCGUGUCCACCGUCGAUGAGGAGAAGAAGUUCAAUCCACGGCUGACGAAGACUCUCCCUGAGUUUGUGAACAUCAUGAACAACCUCAACCUCCCCAAACCUAAGAAAAUAGACAUGCCCAGACACAAUAUGGAAACGCAGAAGAGUCAAUGGGACCCGGUCCGGAGAUCGCCGUGGAUCGUGAGAGUGGAGCAGAGCCCCGCCUCCUCGGGGGCGGAGUCAGACACCGAGGGCAGCAGCACAGAGAGCGAACAGCAUCGGGUCAAACAGGGAGGCGGAGUCUCGCUGACAUCACCGUCAAUGCUGCAGCAGCGAAUCACGGAGCUCGACCAGCAGAGGGAGGAGCUAAAGAUUGAGCUGCAGCUGGAGGUGGCGCUGCUGCGAGGGGAGCUGCAGGCUGAACAGGAGCGUCUGCGCAGACACACAGAGCAGCUGCAGGAGAAGCACAGGCAGCGCAAGAGCCAGCGCUUGGCCAGCAGACAGAAGGUCUGCCUCUGA